AUGAGGCGCUUUCUCCUGUACAUAUCCCUGCUAUUGCAGGUCGUUGUGUUCUCCCACGCGAACGCGCCAGACAACCAACAACAUGUACUUUCUGGAGAUAAAUCGAAUGGAGCAACAGUCAACACACUCCCCGCUGAGCUUCCUGCCGGACAGCAUGUUCAACCAGGUGCUGACCUCGUCGACACCGCUCUGGCCGAGUUACGAAAGCUACACCAACCGUUGCAUCAUAAGAUACGAAAGAACCCCGGCAUUUUGAAAACUGUUCUACAUUUUGCUACCAAAGCAUUACCGGCCGUCCGACUUACUGCUCCCUCGCCCUCUCCCUCCAACGAUGGCCUCAGUGGCCCGCUCCUUCAUGCGACCAGGCUCCUCGAGGAGUCUGCGCAGAAGAACAAUUCCGAUGCGCUUUAUAUCCUGGGCGACAUGAACUUCUACGGCAACUUCUCCUAUCCCCGGAAUUUGAAGACCGCCUUCGAUUACUACCAGAAGCUCGCCUUGCUCAAUGGAAACAGUUCGUCAAUGUACAUGAUGGGAGUCAUGUACUCUACGGGAGUGGGAGGCGCAGUGGAGCUGGACCAGGCCAGGGCUUUGCUCUAUUACACCUUUGCUGCCAACCAAGGCCACACGAGGGCCGAGAUGGCUGUGGCACAUCGUCACUAUGCGGGGAUUGGAACUACCAAAAGCUGCGAGACGGCGGUCAAAUACUACAAAAGGGUCGCCGAUAAAGCCAUUGCAUGGUAUCGUUCGGGACCUCCAGGUGGCAUGAGCUGGAUCUCGGAAUCUCAUCGUAUUGCCGACGAGCUUGGAGGUAUAUACGGCGCAGGAGCUAGUGUGUCCAGUUCGGGUCAGAAUGCGCCUCACAAAAACCCGCCCACUGACGCAUCGUCUUCUAUCGAAGAUAUUCUCGAGUACCUUGACCUGAUGUCUCAGAAGGGCGAUGUUAAAGCCACCUUCAACCUUGGUCGUAUAUUUUACGACGGCCAGAGAAACCUCCCGCGCGACUACGCUAAAGCUAGGGAAUAUUUCCUGAAGGUGACUGGUAAGACCUGGAACAAGAAAGGACAGGUUUUCGAAAACAAGACGCCCAGUUUUCACACUAUUAGUUGCAGAGCAGCUGGAUAUGUUGGGCGCAUGUAUUUGCGAGGAGAGGGUGUUGAACAGAACUUCAGGCUCGCCGAGUUCUGGUUUAGGCGCGGCAAUGAGCAAGCUGACCAACAGUCUCGCCAUGGACUCGGACUGAUGUAUCUGAAUGGUUACGGCGUGGAACAAAAUCUCGACCUGGCCCUCAAGUACUUCAAUGCGGCAGCGGAGACUGUAUAUCCGCCUUCUCAUGUGCAGCUCGCUGCGCUUUACCUCGAUCAAGGUCAGUCGGAUGAGGAUAUCUACGCAGCAAACCACCACCUGGAUCUGGCGGCGAAGUACUACAAUAUGGAGGCAUAUUACUAUAUCGGAGAGAUGACCUAUUUCGGUCUUGGCCGCGAAAGAUCAUGCGAGAUUGCGCUUAAUUACUACAAAGCUGUCACGGAGAAGGUAGAGCCGUUUGUCUCGUCUUGGGCUGAGGCGAACUUGGCCUUCGAAGCGGGCGAGACUGAGUUGGCAUUCCUCGAAUACCUGCACGCGGCAGAACAAGGUUACGAAACGGCCCAGAACAACGUCGCAUAUAUCCUUGACCCUCAGAAGUCCUACUUGACUAUCCCGCAGUGGCUGUACCCCAGGGCCCAGAAACCGGCACUUCUUCAAAACCCAGCGCUCGCACUCAUCUACUGGACACGAUCGUCAAGGCAAGGCAAUAUUGAUGCUACUGUCAAGAUGGGCGACUACUACCUCAGCGGGAUAGGAACGGAUGCUGAUGUCGACAAGGCCGUUCAGUGCUAUACUGCCGCUUCAGAACAUUAUCAGAGCGCGCAGGCAUUGUGGAACUUGGGCUGGAUGCAUGAAAAUGGCAUUGGCUUAACUCAAGACUAUCAUCUUGCCAAGCGGUAUUACGACACUGCUCUCGAAACAAACGACGAGGCAUAUCUGCCAGUCUCUCUUAGUUUGUUGAAGCUGCGGGCCAGAAGCGCCUGGAACACUUUUACUAACGGCCGGAUCAACUCUAUCCAAGACGAGCCAACCGAGAAAAAAGAAUGGUCGCUUAGUGAAUGGAUCAAUAACUUCUUACAGGAUGAGAUGGGCUAUUACGGAGAUGACAUGUAUGACGGCUACGAGGAUGCGAUGCCCGGUGCCGAUUCUGAUCUGGGCGCAUUUGAGGAAGGAGACAUCCUGGAGACGCUGGUGAUUAUGGGUCUCGCUGCUGCUCUUGUCUUCUUGGUACUGUACCGUCAACAGCGACAGCAAGCAGCUCGGCGACAGCAGGAGGAUGAGCAAAGGCGUCAACAGCAAGAGCAGCAAGGCCAAGGCGUUAGAGGAGCUGGCGGAGCGUUUGCUAACGGCCAACAGCAACCACAGGCAGGAAAUGGGGGUUCUUCUCACCUCACGCUUUCGACCACGCUUCAUCAUUCUCCGUCGAUUCAGCCGUCACGCAACAACCUCAGCGAAUACAAGAAUGCAGCCAAAGGCAAUCCGGUACUAACCUCCGUGAAGAUCGAUUUCUUCACUGCCCAACCGGCCCGCAGUCCCGAAUUCACCAACCUUCUCACGCAGAAGAUGUCCUCUCACUCAACACCGGGGCCAGCAGCCAAGCGUCGCCGUGUCGAGUUGGCGAACGCUACUUUGCGGAAACCGUUUCGUUCUCCCAUGAUUAACCGCACAAAUUCCGGUGCAAAGUCAGCAGAUCCUACGCCGACGAGCCAAAGGGAAACGACGGAGCUCCGGGCGGCUGCGGGUAGUAAUGGUGCCGCCGAUGUCGGGGGAGGAGAAGAAGAAAAGGUCGAAGAAGAAGAGGAAAAGGAAGAAGAACCAGACACAAGUUUUGAAGCGAGUUUCGAAACAAGUUUUUCCUCAAUGCCAAUGCCAGCAGCGAGAAAAUUCUCAAAAAGCAGUCUUCAUCAUAGUGGCUCAAGCGCUUCUGGUUCCAGUUCGAGUACACAAUGGAAUACGAGGCCACCACUUCUGGAUUUGAGUAACAUGCAGACGCAGAAGCAGGAACAGGAGCAAGUUCCACGGGCCACCGGAUCUGCUAUCAGUCGGAAGCGAAGCAGCCUCGGGUCAGGGUCUACUGCUUUCUCUGAUACUACUCCUAUGCGUCCCCCGGUUAAUCAACAAAGGCACACAAAAGGAACGACAGUUGUGGAUGCAGUUGGUGAUGGCAAUGACGACAUCUUGGCCGGACUGCAAAAGUCUCACAGGGAGCACAAAGUUCAUUUGGUCGCAAUGCAAAAACAGUUGGAUCUUAUCAGGCAGGCGAAGCGGAUUGAGAUGGCAUCACGGAAGGCUGUGGAGCAACGGCAGGACGCAACAGUGAAGAAGAAGAGCGGUGGCGGGAAUAAUGGACAGCAUGGGGACGAAAAAUCGGUCAUUGACGCAGAGCUGAAAGAGCUGGUACAGAAAUGGAAGCUUGCGAGCAGACAGGCGGCAGAGGAACUGUUUGAGCUUAUCAAAGGCAGGGUGGCGGAUAUGGGCGGGGCCAAGGCGUGGAGGGAGACGAGGAGGAGACAGAUGGAGGGGCUUCAUUCUGCUUGGGAUGAUGAGGGGCAGAAGGGGAAGAAGAGAAAGGGGGGCGAUGAUGAGCGGGAGAUUGGAGACUCCGAUGCCAGUGAUGGUGAAGGUUGUGACGACAACAACGAGAGACUUCGACGGGGAGCUGGAAACAAUGAUGACGGUGAGCGGAGUGCGGAAGAAGACUGCGAGGACUCGGGAUUUACCAUGUUCAUGAUGCUGCAAAGCCUCAACAUUGAGCCUGACAUCUUGGGGUACGAUCCGAACGAAGACAAAUGGCUGGAUUAG